AUGACAACUUUCCACCCCCGUAGUCUUCUUGAUGGGUCGUUUAUUUCUUCUCCACACCACAACGAUACAGAUCCAACUGCAAACUCAAACGAGAUGAAUCUUAUAGUCAAUAUUAUGUGGAUCGUGUUGCUUUGUGGAUUCAUAACCUCUUUUGGAGUGUUUCAAGUGAUACGUUACGCUAUGCAACGGAGACGUACAUCUACAAUGACAACACGAACAUCACAACAUGAAUCUGAACCUUGUGCUGGUCUUAAGAAAUCUAUCGUUUCUCAGAUUUCAACACGUGUUCUUGAAUCAGUAUUCAAGAUUUCAGUUACAGAGUGCACCAUAUGUCUCGAAGAUUUUGUAGAUGGACAAAAUGUUCGUGUGUUGCCAAACUGUAGCCAUGAGUUUCAUGUUGGAUGCAUAGACAAGUGGUUUGAGUCUCAUUCUUCAUGUCCAAACUGUCGCAACUGUUUGCUUGAAUGUCCCGUUGAUAGUCAUGAAGUUGUAAUGCCCCAGUUGAUGGUCACCACCCCUAGUGAAAACAUGGUUUGA